AUUUGAAUUAAUCGUUCCCGAAUAGUUAGAUAGUUUGUCAAUGACGUCAGAGGAAAAUUAACCGACAGACUACAAGGUUUCGGUACUACUAAUUUUGUUACCCAAUGGCUGCAAACAGUCACUGGGUUUGUUUUUUUCCGUUUAAUGUUUCAAAUUGAUCUAUUUAGUAGACACAUAGGAACUCUACGCUAUACGCGCAGGGAUCGUAUGUACGAUGAAAAAAUCUUAGAGACGGUUCAUGAUUAAUUGCAGCUGCGUUAAUUUUGAGUAACUAAAUAAUUUGUUGGAAAGUCGAAGGGAAGUUUGGGCUUUAACCUAAACGUUUCAAAUGUCAGCCACAAAUGACGCAUACCUUUCAUUCUGAUAUACCUCAUCGUGAUAAAAAUAGUCGUUGCUUCGGCGUUGCAAGCAAAUGCAAUAAACGAAGUCAGUAAAGUUUCAUGCGGUGACAUAUGUACGGAUACGUCACGCGAGUGAAUGCCAUGGCAUAAGAGAGAAAGGGGCGUGGCCUUCCUUAACCAACUUGUGUGGUAGUGUUAAAUGCUAUUAUUCAUAGGUAUCAGAUACACAGGGUGAAAAUGACAUAUAUCGAUCGAAUUUCGUAUGUUGUGCGUGCUUCGGGAUAGAGGACAGGUAUUAUUACGUGAUAAACGGGCUGUCAAGUGAUAACAAAGUAAUAAUGAACCGCAGGUGUCUAACGUAAAUAUUAAAUCUAAUAAACACCGUUCGUCUGUCCGAAAAAUGUUCACCAAGAUCUGUGUAUACUUUUAUUCGGCAGCAUCUCACCGGGUCUUGGAAACAUGUAAAUUUGCAUUGAGAUGAGUGGCGCAAAUGUUGAAGAAUCUUCCUAUUUGAAAGUGGAGCACGACUUUGAGUACAGAACUAAUGACGGUCGUCAAAUUGCUAUAAAAAAAGAUGAGAGGCUUUAUCUUAUACAAAAGACCAAUAACGAUUGGUGGAAAGUUAUACGGAAUAAGGAACAACGGUCAUUUUAUGUUCCGGUGACAUAUGUUACUGAAUUGGGCAGUGUUUCGUCGCCGAAUAAAUUCACAGGCCCGGGUAAACAUGAUGCGAUAUUUCAAACUACUUCGAGAGAUCAUUCAGCCAGGAGAAGAAAUGUUGAGAAUUGGCUUUCGACUACCGUUAAGAUGUUGCCGGAUGGAUCGAGAAGUCCUGAGAAUUUAGAACAGUAUAAUAGAUUGGAAAAUUUCGAAGAUGCAGGGAUGAAAGAGAUCAAAAAUCGAAUUGUCCAACAGAAGCAGAGCCUUCAAGGAAAUGAGAAAAGCAACGAAAUUAAAAAUGAAAAGAAAAGUUUAGAACGUUUCAGAAAUGUCGUUAGAAAGAUUUCCAGCAGUAUGCAUGUGUCACAAGAUACUUCUGCACACAACACAUCUGCCAGAAACUCUCAAACAAGAGAUGUAAUGCGCACGGUGGUGGAAAAUGUAGAUGGAAAAUCAGCACCAGCUUCAAACUAUCCUAUAUAUUCACCAAAGGAGGCUAAAGAACCUGACCGCACCCUAUUUGUAUACCAAAAUCCACCUCAGCAGCAAAUUCUGCACAGUAUUUCCCAUUGCCAAAAGUCAGCGAUGAAUCCUACAAACCCUAUAGGCUGCACGGAGUCUAUUGAUGAUUGCAGAAGUGUAAAUUUAGACUCUUCGUUAAUUAAACAUAGUCCAAGAUCGAGACCUUCCACAAAAGAAUCAAAAUUAUCUGUACAAAAGAACAUCGCGACAAAAAGGUCUGACAAUAACAGCACCGAUCGUUGCGCAGUGACACCAAAUAUUGAGAUGAAGCCCAGCUCACCGAUUUCUGCUGGUAAUAAAGUUGCAAUGUCUUCGACUUCUCCAUCACUGCAGGGCAGUGGUAGCACAUUUGAUUACUCUGAGAAGGCAAUGAGAAUUUUAAAUGACAAACGAAAGUCAUGGGCUGUUGAAGAGCUGAUGAGUGAAUUGACCCAGAUUCGCAAGGAACGAGUAGAUGACAAUGCCUCUAAUUUUGUGUUGAGAAGCAUAGAAAUUAAGGAUGGAUUUGAUCCACUUGAAAAGCUCACUCAAGAGCUUCACGAUCUUCAUACAUCCCAACACGAGAAUUCCACAGUUUCCAAUUCUCCGAAAGCGGACUUCAAAAGUGAAGAUGAUAUUAAAGAACCGCCAGAAAUUUCAAUAUGUAAAGAGAACGAAACCACGAUGGUACCUUUAAAGAGUCCAAAGAACCUGGCACAAACUGAAUCUACAUUCAAUAAAUCAAAAUCACCAAAGAGUAGAAUUUCACUGACCAACAGCGAAGUCUGUUCAAUUUCAACUGAUAUCAAUAAUUCCUGUAAGUUUACCAAACGACAGGACGAAUAUGAGGAGGCAAACAUACUGAACGACGAAUCAAGAAUACCGAUUAAUGUCAGGGAUGAAGGGAGUGAUAGGAAAGCGACUUUAUCUGCUGAUAAAGAGCAUUACGUAUUGUCUUAUCAGCAGAAUUCACAGCUGUUUAAAUCGGAGAGUAGUGAUAAUUUGGCUAAAUUUGAGAAGCCAAGUUAUUCAAAUGUUUUGAACAAAUUGAAAAACGAAACUAAGGUACGACCACAGCUAAAGUUGAAGAUAAAAAACGUGGAUACAAAGAUAAAGCUGACGCCAUCACUGGAAAAACUGGCAAGUGAGAUACAAUUUUUACCUGCCAGUAGAACUUCCAUUGUAGAUAGCGACACACAACAAUCUACACCAACCGAAAAUAAAUGGCCUCAGGGUCACGCUGAUCAAAAGAGGGUAACGACAAAGACGGAAACAAUCGAGCCCGCAGCGAUAGAUAUAUUGGAAAGUAGAGACGACCUAAUAAAUGUUGACCAAGAUAGUGAAAUGUGGAAAAAUUUCAAAUCGAAAUUGAAUUACAGAGGCAGCUUUAAGUCAAAACAAGAACAGAAGAGUCAAGUUGUUACCAAAGAUGUGACUUUCGACAAUGAGCACUCGGAAAGUGUCACAAAGCCUGGGAGAAGGAAAAUAAAAAAGUCAGCAACAUUCAAUUGUGUCGCUGUGCCUGAGUAUUACAAACACUUCCAAAGACAUGAAGGUUCCGAAUACUGUUCUCGCAUCUCGCCGACAUUGAGGACUAAACGAAGAAGUCAGAGUCUUGAGAAUAUUAAAUUAUUGGUAAACAGGGAGCUAAAGCACACAUUAGCAGCUUCAAAGAGAGCAAAUGGGGCUCAAAAUGCCUUGCACAAGUCGGUUGCAAAGCCUAUUCCCAGUUGUCGCAAAAUCCAGCCAAUGAAAGAUGUCCGAGAAAGUAUUGGGGCUGAAUCGCCAUGCUCGCAUCAAGGGGUUCAAGCCAGUGUUCAAGUCCUGCCGCCGUCGAUAUCAAGGAGUUACGAAAAUCUGAACGAAGGUUUUAACAAUCUAAAAGUGUUUGAUGCCAACAAGAGCACUGCUGUGAGCUUCAAAAAUUUGUUAUGCACAUCUGAUAGCGGCUCGGACGAGUAUCUCCAUUACAAAGCAUUUCCAAAGAGUUCCAUCAGCAGGAACGAACGCUUGGCAUUUAGCUCAGACAGCAAAAUCAAUUCCAAGGUUGUCGUCAGUUCCGAGAGCUUGCCCGUCAUCGACAGAAGCAUAUCGGACGAGCAAAUACUUAGCUCGAAUAUUAGUUCCGAAGCACUUUUUAGCCAAUCGGAAUCCGAGGUUUAUGCUUUGUCUGAAGUUUCCAACACCUCGAGUCCCAUUACCGUAGAUCGUGAUAGAGAAAAUUUUGUAAAUCUACCGCCGGGAUGGACCCAAGAAUACGAUCAACAGUCGAAACAAAUCUGCUUUGUUAAUACAUGGGGAGAGAAGUGGUUCUCAUCCAAUGAUGCGGAAGGUAAAAUUUACUUUUUUGAGGAAAACAGCAACGAAUCAUCGUGGAUACUUCCCAGCAUUCCAGCUACUGAGCCAACCUUAAGAAAUAUGGAGGGAAAUCAUGACGAUAUUGAGCUCAGGACCAAUUCAGGCAGUGAAAAACUCCGAAUUGGGAAAGCUCGCAGCUUGCUCGUGGGAAAUCAAAGACCAACUAAGAAAGAACUUGCUGCACGUCGGUCAGGAUCACUUUCGCAUGAUUGGCCGCAGUUAUUCGAUGGCAAUAUGUGCAUUCUUAAGGAGGGAAUAUUACAGAGAACUAAAAUAACUGAAAAUGGUAAAAAGUUGAGGAAACAUUGGAGCACGUCGUACGUUGUGUUGUCAGAAUUGUUCUUGUUGUUCUUCAAAGAUGCUAAAAGCUUUUCCGCUAUGAAAUCGGGGCAAUCGGUAGCAGCAAAACCAGAUAUAUCUGUGGAUCUUAAUGGUGCCAUUAUAGAACCUGAUGACAAAGUGAGCAGUAGAAAAAAUGUUUACAUUAUCAGCACUAUACUUGGUCUACAAGUUUUAAUUCAAAAUGACAAUACCACAGUCGCUAACGAAUGGUUCAAAGAGAUAUAUGAUGUCAUCCACAAUCUCCCCUCUGGUUUUGAAGCUCAAACACUGUUGCCUCCUAGCUUAGAGCGGCCGCGAGAUACCAAAAGUAAACAAUUUCUGAACGUUAAUUCAAUCGAGGAGAGUAAAGUUGUCUCAAAAAUUGGACGAACAAGAUCUGUUAAAACAAUUGGUAAUAUCGCUAGCGUUUUUAAAAAGAUCGAAGGCUCGACUGAAGAUCUCAGUGGAUCCUCAGCUGAACGUCAAACAAAAAUAAAAGCAAAGUUAAAACGCUUCUUUCAAAGGAGACCAACGAUGGAUUCCCUCGUCAAGAACGGUAUAUACAAAGACGAGCCGGCGUUUGGCUCAUAUUUGAAAGACGUGUGCUCACGGGAGCCUCCAAUGGUACCUAGAUUUGUGAAAUCUUGCAUCGAAAUAUUGGAAAGCAAUCUGGAAAAUAUGAAAGCUGACGGGUUGUACAGAGCAAGUGGGAAUCUAAGUCAAAUUCAGAAAAUUCGUUUGCAAGUAGACCAGAACAAUUUUGAUAUCUUGGCACAAGAGGAAGACGUCCACGUACUGACAGGAGCUCUGAAAUUAUUUUUCCGUGAAUUGAAAGAGCCGCUUAUUCCCUAUGAGUUUUUUGAACGGGCUCUAAGGGCAAGUAUGUCUAAGAAGAAAUCAGAGAAAAUCCAAGUCUUUAGGGAGAUUGUUCGGGGGCUUUCUCAGCCGCAUUACGACACGUUGCAACUAUUGCUGCAACAUUUAUUGAAGGUGACCUCGUACCAGAAGUAUAACCGCAUGCAUAUACCAAAUUUGGCAAUAGUGUUUGGGCCAACAUUGAUGUGGCCUAGGGUUGAAAGUGCAAAUAUGGCAUUAGAUCUUAUGCAGCAAAAUUUGGUCAUCGAAUGUCUGCUGUCAGAGUACGAUAAAAUAUUCAAAUGACAGAUAGACGACGGAAGAAUCUGCAAUAAUAAAUGAACUGUAAUGCCUGUGGAUCAUGUAAGAUAAAAAGACGUCCGGUUCAUUUACACCGUGAAACAAAAAUUCGUUAAGUUUUCAAUAUUCUAAAGCAUAAAGUUUAAUAAUAUAGCUUGCGUUAUUUAUGUAAAAAAAAAAGAACCACUUAGAAAACCGUUAUCGAAUUCGAUCAAAGGAACAGGAGAAAAUAUUAUACAUAAACACAAAUUAAUACUCACAUGGAAAAUGGCAUAUUACGAAUAGAAUUUAACAAUAGAAUUUCUUUUAAAUAUCGCCGUAAAUGUUUUCACCACAUCUUUGGAUAUUAUACAUACAAUUGUAUAAUAACCUGUGUACGUUUACAUACUUAUAUUGUUUGUAAACAGUUAUCCAUUUCAGUUUUUUAAAUGAGUAUAUGAAAACUAUAAUACCGUUAUACGACUAGCUAUGAUUUUGAAUCAAUCGCGUAAGACUAUCAGUAUGUAUUGAAUAGUAAAAAAGUAUUCAAGAGAGGAUUCAAUUUCAAAAGAAGCAAGUGUCUUAGUUUCUGAUUUCAAAAUUUCUUUCAAAUUGCAAAUGUUGGAGACAGACUGCUUGACGAGACCAAUCAUUGAAGUAAAUCAUCAAUGCUCACAGUAAAUAAUUAAUUCAUAUGAUAUUGAGAAUUUGCCGUGAUUACAAAAUCGUUACUUCAGUAGCUCCGCUUCUUGUGUACCUGAGUAACGAUGAGAAUAUGAUUCAGCGUCAAAGUCCUUAUGUAAUGUAUAGUAUAAUAUAAUGUUGCUUAAUAUAUUAUAAUUUUCAUUCCAUAUUUUAUUAAGAGAAAUAUAUUUUCAAAUAACAGCUAUAUUUUUAUUACGUGAGGUGAAGAAAAAUAUUGCUGAGCGUCACAACAUAAUAUACCUAUAUAUAUAUACAUAUAUGUAUGAUGAUGCAAUAUGUGUGAUUAUGUAUGUAUACAUAUCAUGACACACUGUACCUAUGUAAACCAAAACAUGAGAGCUUUAGGAAAUAAAACUAUAAAUGUACGUACAA